AUGCCGGGUGGAAAAGGCAAGACGGGUGGCAAGACGGGUGGUAAGGGAGACCAAAACGUCAAGACGUCCAAAUCGCACUCGGCGAAGGCCGGUUUGCAGUUCCCCUGCGGCCGCAUAAAGCGUCACCUUCGCAACAUCACCCGCCAGCGCACGCGCAUCGGAGCCAAGGCCGCCGUCUACCUCACCGCCGUCCUCGAAUACCUGACCGCCGAAGUGCUCGAGCUGGCCGGCAACGCGGCCAAGGAUCUCAAGGUCAAGCGCAUCACGCCUCGCCAUCUGCAAUUGGCCAUCCGCGGCGACGAGGAACUCGACACGCUUAUCCGCGCCACCAUCGCCUUCGGUGGUGUGCUGCCCCACAUCAACCGCGCGCUGUUGCUCAAGGUCGAGCAGAGGAAGGGCAAGAAGGCCAUCGAGGUCUAG